AUGCUGCCCCGUCAGUCCGUCCUACGCAGCGCUGCCCGGCACUGCUCCACGCGAGGCACGCCGGUGGUUGGCGUAUUGGGUUCGGGGCAGAUGGGCGGAGGCAUCGCGCAGGUAGCCGCGGUGCAGGCCGGCUGCAAGGUUGUGCUGGUGGACGUCAAGCAGGAGCAACUGGACAAGUGCAUGGGCCUGAUGGACAAGCUGCUGGCGAAGGACGUGGCGAAGGACCGCCUGACGGAGGCGGAUAAGGCAGCGGCGCUCGCGCGCAUCACAACCUCGACCGACAUGUCCGCCUUUGGCGGUGCCAGCUUUUUGAUCGAGGCGGCGACGGAGAACGUGGGCCUGAAGCUGGACCUGUUCCGCGCCAUGGACAGCGUCGCGCCGUCCGGCGCCAUCCUCGCCUCCAACACUUCCUCCAUCUCGAUCACCAAGAUGGCGGCCGCCACGGCGAGGCCCGAGGCGGUGAUUGGCAUGCACUUUAUGAAUCCGGUGCCAGUGAUGAAGCUGGUGGAGGUGAUCCCGGGGCUGGCGACGAGCGAGGCGACGCUCGCCGACACUCUCGCGCUCGCCACUGCGAUGGGCAAGACCUGCACGCAGAGCCGCGACAUCCCCGGCUUCAUCGCGAACCGGAUCCUGAUGCCGUACAUUAACGAGGCCGUGCAGACUCUG